AUGACCAGGAGAUGAAAAGCUCCAAGACAGAAAAAAAGAGGAGCCAAGAAACAGGAUAUAAAUAAAAAAUAACCGUAUCACCGCUUUGAAAGUCCGUUCCGUGGAAGCAAAAAGAUGGAGGUGUGCAUGCUUGUUGACAGCUUCCAUUGGGUUGGGCUGUUGGGCUCUGGUGCCCCUAGCAUGUCCCCGCACUUUACCGACUUGUAAUUUUUUUUUUUUUGUGUGAUAUAAAUAGUGCAGUGGUUGUUCACCAGGGAAGAGUCUUUUUCCUUUUCCCAUCACUCAUCUCUGCGUCAUGACUGUUUCUUCUGCUCUUUUUACGGAAGCCCAACUCGAAGCUCUCAAGGCCAAAUUCCAGCAAGCCGGCCAAGGUCAUGUUUUCACAUUUUUCGAGCAGCUUGACGUGAAGGAACAAGAAGCGCUUUUCCAGCAGUUGUCUGAAUUGGACGUGCAACGUCUCAAUCAGAUCUAUACCAAGGCCAUUCAGGGCGCUGAGGCCGCCGCUCAGAAUCAAGCGGCGUCACUGGAACCUCUUUCCGAACAAGUGUUUGACUCGGUCCUUAAAGCCUCAUCAUCCACACUCAAUGACUGGGAAACGAUCGGUUUGACACAGAUUGCUCAGGGCAAGGUCGCCGUCAUCCUCAUGGCCGGUGGUCAAGGUACCCGUUUGGGCUCAUCUGCGCCCAAGGGUUGUUACGACAUCAACCUUCCAUCCAAAAAGACUCUCUUCCAACUUCAAGCCGAACGCAUUCUCCGCUUACAAACCGUGGCAGCCAAGUACGCCACCGACCCCAACUCUGACAUUGUCAUUCCCUGGUACAUCAUGACUUCCGGUCCCACUCAUCAGCCCACCUAUGACUUUUUCCGUGCCAACAACUUCUUCGGUCUCAAGGAAGAAAAUAUCAUAUUUUUUGAACAAGGUAAGCGUGGACUUUCUGUGGAUCGUAAGUACAUAAGCAUGAUGAUUAACGGGUAUUUGCUAGGUACUUUGCCCUGUUUAACUAUGGACGGCAAGAUCAUCUUGGAAACAAAGAGCAAGGUGGCGAUAGCUCCUGAUGGCAAUGGUGGUAUUUACGCUGCUGUGCAGAACAAGGGUGUGAUUGAUGAUUUGAAGAAGCGCGGUAUUCAGUAUUCGCAUUGUUACUGUGUGGACAAUUGCUUGGCUCGUGUGGCGGAUCCCGUGUUCAUUGGUUAUUGUGUGAGCAAGCAGACUGAUUGUGGUGUCAAGGUGGUGGGUAAAGCCAUGCCCGAGGAGCCUGUCGGUGUGGUGUGUGUCCGUGAUGGUCGUUACGGUGUGGCCGAGUAUUCCGAGAUUUCAGCUGAAGUGACCGAAAUGCGUAAUCCUGAUGGUUCCUUGAUGUUUGGUGCCGCCAACAUUGCCAAUCAUUUCUUCUCUACGGAAUUCCUGGAACGUGUUCCUACCUUUGCCGCCGACUUGGAAUAUCACAUUGCAAAGAAGAAGAUCAAGUACACUGAUCUCGAAACCGGUGAACAGGUUGUGCCCAAAAGCAACAGCGGUAUGAAGUUGGAAUGCUUUGUGUUCGAUGUGUUCCCCUACGCCAAUCGCAUGUCUGUCCUUGAAGUUGACCGUAAAGACGAAUUUUCUCCUUUGAAGAACGCUCCUGGCUCCGGAGCCGACUGUCCUGAAACUUCGCGACGAGACAUCGUUGCACAACACGUGCGCUUCAUUGAAAAAGCCGGUGGCAAGCUCGUCGGUGACAAUGUGGACAACUUUGAACUUCUCCAAUUUGAAAUUUCGCCCUUGGUAUCCUACGGUGGUGAAGGACUGGAAGAUCUGAUUCAAGGCAAAACCAUCACCGUCCCUGCUGUCAUUGAAUCAGUGGAAGAAUUGGUCCGUUUGGCCCAGUAAGCAUGCUUCACCACUACAUUGUUUCCAUGCAUAUUUCUUUUGUUUUUCUCUUUUUUCCAUACCUCUUCUUUUCUAUCCCCUGCCAUCUACCACUAGAGAUGGUGAGUUCUUUUUUAUCUUUCUUGAUUCCUUUUUCUUUUCCCGUACAGUCUUUGAUUUUCCCUUCUGUGUACAAAAAGUCAAUUCAUUGGCUUGACGAUGUUUUUCUUCUUCCUGAAAACACUAGAAGGUAU